GGGGUGGUCAGUACUGUGUAUAACGCUAUGGUUAUCACAGGAAGGAGUGUUCGUCCUGGUAUUGUCGGACUUCCUCCGCAAAGGUGUCUCGACUUUGUGUGUAACUGCUUAUGCAGAGCAGGGUGCACAAAUGUGCUAGGACGUCUCGUCCUUACAAAGGUGUCUCGCCUUUGUGUGUGUGUCUGCUUGGCAGAUCACCGUUUGGAAUGUGGCACAUAAGUAUCUCGCUUUUGUGGCUGUGGUGCUUACAGAUAGCGGUACAGUAGAGGUGGUGAGGACAGUCACCUGCGUUGCCUGUGGUCACUAUUGUGAGCUAGCGGGUUCAGACAGCGACGUGUUGAUUGCUCAAUAGUCGACCUGUAUGGACGUACAAUGUAGUAGUUCCCUUAUGGCACCCAAUAGAAAACAAUUCAAGAUAUUUGUCUUAACAGCUGUUAUAUUCAUUGUCCUGUUGAACACAUACGUUUACUACGCAGUCAAUGGUCCUGGUACUUCACUUUCAUUAAAUCAUAAAAAAAUAUAUCAUCCUCGUUUACUUUGUUGGAUUCUCACUACCAAGAGAAACUUUAAAACGAAAGCGAAAGCGGUGAAAGACACAUGGUCCAGGAGGUGUGAUGUCAGAUUAUUCGUUGCUUCAGACAAAGACGACGCUUUAAACACAACAGUCUUCAACAUAGUAGACUCUAGAGAGACUUUGACACAAAAAACGUUCGCCGCAUUUGAGUAUGUCUACAAGCAUCAUAUCAAUGACGCGGAUUGGUUUCUCAAAGCAGACGACGAUACAUACAUCUUCACAGAGAACUUACGUCACUUACUGACGUCAUACAAUCCAGAUCAUCCUUGGUUCAUUGGUUUUCCCACUCAAUUAUUCUUAUCCUCUCCUUACAUGAGCGGGGGUGCGGGAUACGUCAUUAGUAAAAGUGCUUUAGAAAAAUUUUACCGAGUGGGAUUAAGUCAAAAGCUCUGUCCAACCACAGGACGUUUUGAAGACAAGGACUUCGGGGAAUGUUUAUAUAAAAUCGGUGUUAAGACUGGGAAAUCACAAGAUGCAAAUCAUAGGACACUUUUUCAUCCCUUUCACCCCGUCACAAUGAUAAAUGGAGCUGACCCCAACCUUCCAAAGUGGUUUUAUAUAUCUAGGUAUCCGGGCCUGGCGGGAAAUACCAGAGGCAUUGACACACUGAGCGAGGACACGGUGUCGUUUCACUACGUGGACCCUGGAAGCAUGUAUCUAAUGCAUUUCCUCCUGUACGAUAUCAGACGACCUGCCAGCUGAUGGUGGACUGGAGAAUAUCAAUAGACUGGUUAAAUGGCUAGAAUGCAUAGGAAAUUUUUAAGACCUGCCAAGGGCUCAGUAGUAAUACGGUGAAACGGAAAUGCCGUAGGCCUAUAUUUUUUUCAUAUAUACAGAUCAAAAUAUGAUAUUGCUAAAUCGAUUGAUUCAUUUACACAUAUACCGUUAUUGAGAAUAGACAGGAUACAAACGAAAGACUGGAAAAAUCAAUGGGUGGAGAUGCAAUUUUUUGCUCACUGACACUAAGAAAUGAGGGGUUGGAAUCGUAUCGCAAUCUUCCAUUUAACACAGGAAUUCACAAAGAGAUUAAAAUGUCCUACAGCUAAUUAACCAUUAUCAGACAUUGACGUUCGGGGAACGAAACAUACCCUAGCCGUGCCCUCUGCCAGGGUGGCAGAUAUUAUAGGCACAUUUUCCACAUGGAAAUGUGGAAAAUGUGCCUUUUAUAUCUGUCACUUUGGUACAGAGUACCCUAGGCGCUGGUUACAGGUCAAAUAAUGAGAUACAAAAUGAAAUGUGAAAUACUUCGGAAAUACUUAGAGGUGGCUGGAACAUCUCGGUUGAUUAUUCCGUUGAUACAUUUACUGAUAAUUACUUGCACAAAAAUAACGCAAGUACGAAUGGAAAAAUGGUCAGAAUAAUGGACAGAUUACAUUGAACAGACAUCUAGCAAUAUAUGAAAGUAGACAGUUUUACAUGGUUUGGACCAGAUAAGAGAAAAGCAGACGACCUGCCAACUGAUGGGGAACUGGAGAGUAUCAAAAGACUGUUUAUAUGGCUGGAAUAAAUAGGAAAUUUUUCAAAAGCAGACUUGGAUAAUUUUUAUCUACUCCGAUAUUCAAGACACCACUAUUACUGUCGGUAUAGACGUUGCUUGUAUAUCACUCUCAAGAAACCGAACUAUUUCAAUUUCGUUUAGAUUGAGAGACAUGGGGGGACUUGAAUAUUUAACAAUAGAUAGACAACAUGUAAACAUUGUUAAAGAAACUGCAAAAGAAAUGAUUGAAAAGGGUUGAGAAGAAAUUCUGUUGGACUCGGUCUUCAAAGUUCAAGCCUAUUUCCCAGAACAAUUGACAACUUAUAUAUUUAUAUAUUUUUUCCUAUGUUGAAUUUCUUUUAUUCGGUUUAAAUGUUAUUUUUAUGCAGUAAUAGUUACGUAGAUUAAAAAAUUUUUUUUUUAGUUUUAACUAUUUAUUGAAGUUUUUAAAAAUGUUAUUGCAGUAUAUACUUUGCAGUAGAAAGACAGUGUUGAAGAUGGUUUGGGUGAUAGGGGGGCAUAAAAAUUUAUUCAUGAUGACAGCACAGAAUGCAUUGGAUAGAAUAGGAUUCGUGGGGGAAUUUGAAUAUUAAAAUUUUGACCCAAAACAGAGAAUUAAAGUAAGUUUUGGAGUGUUUUUAUGGAAAUGUAAAAUCUUAAUUUAUGUGUUUCAAACACUUAUCAGUCUGUUAGGAUAUAGUUGGUCUUUUUAGUAUAAUUUUUAU